CGCUGACCAACAGCACGGUGGCGAUAAGGCCACGGCUAAUUUACGGUCUGCGGUCGGAUGUGAUUGGCAACAUCCACUUCAACCUCACCAAGGAGGUCAUCUAUCCGGUGGAGGGAGUCCUGGCGUUCCACGACUAUGUCCAGAACAAGCAGAGGUUCUUGAGGUUACCAGAGGAUACGCGCCCCGAAGUGAUAGCCAUAAGUUCCCAUCGCAAACUGCUGGCGGUGCUGGAAAGGCAUUCAAAGAAUGGUCGCUACAUAUCCAUUUAUGAGUUGGCCACCCUCAAGAAGCGUCGUCACCUGGAGCUGCCAAGCAACCACCGCAAUGCCGAGAUCCAGCAGAUGAUCUUUACCAAUGACUCGAGGUCGGUGGCCUUGAUUACCCGCCCGCCGGAGGAAACGCUCAUCAUGCUGGUGCUGGAUAAGACCAGCACAGUGAUUGAGGGAAGAGGCACGAUCCCAGGGUCACAUGGUGGUGCCGAGUGCAUUGCUGGUAAUCCGAGUGAUUGCAGCUUUUUGGCCGUGGGCGGGGAACGUACACUGUUGCUGAUGAGUAAAUCGGAGCGGGGAUUUAGUAUUAGCAAUAACCUAAAGGUCAAAUAUAGGGUCACCUCGAUGGCCUUCCUCUCGCUGGAUCUCUUGAUGGUGGGCACUUCGGAUGAUCAAUUGAUCUUGGUGGAGAACGGCGAGCAGAAGUUGGCGCAAAAGGCAAGCGAUGCGGACACUGUGGACUUGAUGAUCGACCAGGAGGUUUUUGAUCGCGACAAGGAGCUGCAGGACCAACGAUUCUUGCCCACCCAAGCGGUUAGUCUACCGGAUAGCCGAGUCCUCUGCAUGACCGCUUUCCCCAAGGGAUUCGCCUACAUCAUCUUCAAUAGGGCCUUUGUCUUCGAGCGAGUGUCAAAGUUCAAGUUCGAGAGAAAAACCAUAUUGACGGUGCCCACAAAUCUGUAUGCAGAGCAUAUGUAUCAGAUCAAAAAUCUGGCCAUCGAUCACAAACAGGAAACUGUGAUAGUGACUACGUCCCACUCUCAGAUCUAUGUGGGCAUUCUCAUAGUUCCCGAGACCCUGAAAACCAAGCAGCUAAAGUUUGAACCGCUUGGAGUCCUUAUCCACACCGGAGAAAUUAUCGCUAUGUCUGUGUGCGCCUGGAAACCAAUCAUCAUGACUGCCUCCAGGGAUCAGACCAUCCGAAUCUGGAACUAUGAAACGGCAGUAGUCGAGCUGGUGCGCAAAUUCCAAGUGGAUGUCAAUAUUGUGGAGUUAAGUUUAACUGGCCAAAUGGCUGCCAUUGGCUUCUCGGACCAGCUGCGCAUCACCCAGAUCUUCAUGGAUGACCUCAAUAUUGUCAAGACCUACAAUUUUCCGCACUGCAAUGCGGUACGCUAUUCCAAUUUCGGACAUAUGAUGGCCGCCGCCUAUGACAACAACAUAACCGUCACCUCGGUGUACAAACUGGAUGUGUUGAUCAACCUGAAGGGCCACAACGGCACUGUGCUGUCCGUGGCCUGGUCACGGACGGACAAGUUCCUGAUCUCCGGCGGAGCGGAGGGUGCCAUCUAUCUGUGGGACAUUGAGACGGGGGCGCGACUGCAGGAGAUCGUGCAGAAGGGCACCGAAUAUGUGACCAUUUCCUGCAGCACCAACGAUCCAAUGACGAUAUUCGCGGGCACUAGCAUUGGAACGAUCCGUGAGUUCCAGGACUCCACGCUGGUGAGGGAGAUAACGAUUCCAUCGAGGACCAAGGGAUCGGUGUCCGAUAUAUGCCUGGCCAGAUCGGACCUAAUAAUGUUUGUGGCCGAUCAUGAGGGGAAUCUGUUCAACAUGCAGCUGCCUUUUCUGGAGGCCGGAGGAGGGACCUUCACUAACUUCCGAUUCUUCGAUGGACCGGUUAACAAACUGCGCUUCUCCUACGAUGGCAGUCUGUUGUUUGCCAUCUCCAGCAAGGGAACGCUGGCCAUCUGGGCAAUGGACAACAUUGAGGGCAAAGUGGCGUACAUGGAUCAGGACCUGAUGCGCAGCCAGGAGGUGCUGAUACCGCGCAGUCAACUCAACGAUAAAAUCGAACAGAUUGCCAAUCUGGAGCUGCGAUUGAAGCAGCAGGCGGAGGAGUUCCAGUACCAGUUGAGCCAGAACGAGAUCUUCGACGGCCAGCAGCUGCAGGAGGUGCACAGGAGCUACUGCGCAGCGCUGGAGGAGCUCAAGGAGUUGAACAACGAGAUUGAGGCGCGGCACACGGAGGAGAUGAACCUCAUCACGUUCCAGAUCAAUUCCAUACGGGAGGAUCAUCGCGUCCAACUGGACACUCUGGCCACGCAGUAUUCGGAACGGAUGCUGAUCGAGUACCAGAAGUUCACCAAUCUGCGAGAGAACAUGCUGGAACUACGCGAGAGCUACGAGGACAAGCUGAAGAACUCCACGGGCACGCUGCAGGAUACGGUAGAGGCGUUGGAGAACAACUACAAGCAGCAACUGAACGAGCGCAAGGAGCUGAUCCGCGACCUGAUGAAGGAGAUGCAGGACAAGAAGUCGGAGUUCAUUGAGUACUGCCACGAGGUGGAGCUGGAGAACGACCGCAACAUGGUGGCCACCCAAACGGAGUACGAGAAUAAGUUGACCACCGAACGCAAUGAGACCCAAAUGUGGCGAGGCAAGGCGGGAGUCCUUCAGAAGAAGUUCGAGUCGCAGAGCCGCGAGAUCGACAAUCUGCUGGAGGAAGUAGAGAUCCUCAAGGAGGAGCACUAUAAAAACCAACGCAACAUCCAGAAGCAGAUGCGUAACAUCGAGGAUCUGCAGAAGGACAUUGCCGACCGGGACUAUGCCAUCAAUGGUAAGGAGAAACGCAUCCAGGACCUGCUGCACAAGAACCAGGAGCUGGACAAAUACAAACAGGUGCUGGGCCACAAGAUCGCCGAGCUCAAGGCGCAGAUUGAGCCCCGUGAGUUCCAGAUUAACGACAAGCGCAAGCACAUCAUCGAAAUGGAGGCGGAACUGGAGGGACUCAACCAGAACAAUGUGCAGCUGGAGCUGCAGCUGAAGGAGAUGCGGGACAAGUACCUGAGCAACGUGGCCGAACUCCGGACGGAGCGACAUCGGGCCAAGGCUUCGCGGGAGUGUCUGCAUGCCAUCUGCUCGGACAUUUACUACGUGGCUGGGGAGAUCAACACGGCGGAGGGACUUAAGAAAGCCGUAAAGGAGCUGUUCCGCAAACACGCCUCCGAUGAUGAACUCAAGCGAUUCGUCACUUUGGACGCCGAAGUCAGGGACGAGUUUAUGCGGCAGCGCAAGCAGAUCGAGAAUGUCCUGGACCGGUACAAAUCGGUGGCCGAGGACAAGUCCGUGCAGAGGAAGUAUGACAAGCUGUUCAAGGAGAAUGUGGUGCUCAUUGAGGAGAUCGAGAAGCUGAACGAGACCAACAAGAUGCUGCGCAGCAAGGUCAAAGAGGACUUGCGUCGGUCGACCAGGCUAACCUAUAAGUAA